CGACGCGAGGGACCCACCGCGGCGUGUCGUCGGUGCCUCCCGGCCGGUGGUGCACCCACCCGGCCGGCAGAGCCCCUGCCCGUGCCCGCCGGCUGGUCCGGGGGAUCCGGGCACCGCCUCCACGGCGGCUCCGCCGGACGCGCGGACCGGCCCCCAGCCCGAGCCCCGAGUGGACGGCGUCAUGAGGCACCUGCCGUACUUCUGCCGGGGCCAAGUGGUGCGGGGCUUCGGCCGCGGCUCCAAGCAGCUGGGCAUCCCCACAGCUAACUUCCCUGAACAAGUCGUAGACAGCCUUCCGGCCGAUCUCUCCACCGGCAUUUAUUAUGGCUGGGCCAGCGUUGGAAGUGGAGAUGUCCAUAAGAUGGUGGUGAGCAUAGGCUGGAACCCAUACUACAAGAAUGUAAAGAAGUCCAUGGAAACUCACAUCAUGCAUACCUUCAAAGAGGACUUUUAUGGGGAAAUCCUCAAUGUGGCCAUUGUUGGCUAUCUUAGACCAGAAAAAAACUUUGAUUCUUUAGAAUCACUUAUUUCAGCAAUUCAAGGUGAUAUUGAAGAAGCUAAGAAACGACUCGAUUUACCAGAACAUUUGAAACUCAAAGAAGAUAAUUUCUUCCAGGUUCCUAAAAACAAAAUAAUGAAUGGCCACUGAUGAAAAAAAUUAACCUUAUUUAUUCAUUCACUGUUUUCUAGUAUCUCACUGUUCAUAACUAUGCAGUGUCAUCUUGGUUAAUUUUUCAGAAAUCAAACAUUUUCCUACAGCUGUGGAUUAAACAGUACAGUGUAGCUACUUAUUAUGCUUCAGCUGUUAAAUUAAACCCAUCAUGCUAUAGUGCUGAAAGGAUUCACUUAAAAAUCAAGAUUCUUUUUAAUGUAUUACUUUGAUUAAAAUGUACCACUAGAAAGAUACUAAGUGUCUUAAAAUGGAAAUGAAAUUACAUUUGUGAAUCUGAGUAAAAAGACAAGUCACUAAUUUAAGAUGAUAACUGUAACUCUCGUGGUAAGAUACCAGCUGUGUGAUUGUAUGGCAUAUGCUGACAAACAGAAGGCUUAGGGAAGUAAAUGCACUAAAUAAAAGGUUGAUAGCUUACUAUAACCUAAAAGGGAAAAUCCAGACUUUGUAUUUUUGAUAUUUUGUGCAUUAAUAUAUUAUUACAGAAAUGAAAGCUUUUGUGAGAUUUCAUUUUACUCAUUUCCUUUAUGACAUCAAAUCAUUGUCCUGUUUCCAUUUGUGGCUAGUGCUGCCUCAGUUCUAAGUGGUUUAGACUCUCUGCCAAUCAAUUUGUCUCAGAAGACAGUAAAUUAAGUGUUUGAAAUCUAGAGGUCUCCUAUUUCUUCUUUCUUUUAAAGUUUUUCUAAAAUUUUAUUUUAUAUGAGAGAGAGAGAGAGAGAGAGUGAGUCCUGCAAUGGCUGAGACUAGGCCAUGGCCGAAGCACAGGCCAAGAACUCAAUCCAGGUCUGCUACGUGGAUGGCAGGAUCCCCACUAUGUGAACCAUCACUGUGCUUCCCAGGGUCUGCAUUAGCGGGAAGCUGGCAUCCGGAGUCAGAGCUGGGAACUGAACGCACACAAUCCAAAGAAUGUUAGUGUCUUAACCAGAGUCCUAACAGGCCAAAUGACAGCCUCUUUUUUUCUUAAGAGUGUAUAUUCUUGUUCUUGAACAUUUUUCUGGACUUGGGUUCUUUUUUCCUUUAAGCCAUUGUCAGUGUCACAGUUUUUUUACAUUUGAAAUAUCCUACAACUGUGCACUUAAGAGAUUGGGUCUGUGUUUACUCUUCUAUUGCUGUAUGAACAGUGAUUAAGUGUAUAUCUGCACUGCAUUUUCACAAAGUCAACAACGAACUUCAUCAUUAGACUUCCUCAAGAUUUAAAUGAACACAUAACUGCUCUUGGUAUGUGUUAGUUCUUAAAGACACAAAAUGCUGUUUUCCCUUUAGGGAAACUACUUAAGGGCCAAUUAAACUAUGAAAUACUUAGAAAGUUAUUUAUUUUUUAAUGCAAUUACAUGUUCCUGAGCAAAUUUAAACUGUUGUAGUUGCAUAUGCAUAAUGUAAUUUAAUAUUAAAGCAUGGUUAUAGCUUGAGGAAAGGUAUAAAUAAAGUUUUAGCUAAAUGAUCUUUGUACUGUGCAUUUUUCCUCUGAUUUUUGGUCACUUGAGUCUUUGUUUAUAUGGGCAGAAAGGUGAAACCAUUGAAUAUUUAGGAAGCUAAGAUUACAGAUUGCUCUGAGCCUCCUGUAAUACUACAUGCAUCACUGUUCACUUUAGUAGUGUUUUUGGUGGUGGCAGGGAUGGUUGAGUGUAGGUAUAGAAUUAUGUGGAAGGUAAUUUUAAUGAUCACUUGCUACAAAUCAUUUUUCUGUAACCUGCAUAAGUGAUUUAGAGAAUUGAUUUUAAUAAAAAUAAUUAUAAAGUAUAUAGAAAAAUAUGUAUAGCUGUUGCUGAAGAGGGAAGUAUGGGCAAUCGAUUGGGUAAUGUUUAACUUUGUGGUAGUCUGAAUUGAUACCAGAUGUCACAGUCAAGCUUUUUCAUUGUUGUAUAAAAAUAUUUAGAAGAUAUAGUUUUCCAUGUUAGAAAUUCCAAACAUGAAAUUAGCUUCAAUUAUCAGUGGCUUUAUGAGCAGUUAAAAACCAAUAUGGAAAGUAUAAAAACAGAUUUAUGUUUGUUUUG